CAGAGUUGCUUCACACUUUCCAUUUCCAUGGCGUUCAAUCCAAUAGGCUUUCCUCCGGCGAUACGGUAUUCAUUAUCAUUUUUCCGGAAUUUCGUUUGGCAUUGGAUCAAUUGAAUCGGUAUCCGUUCUAAUUUGGGGAAGAGGUAGUAUUUCUCAUAGUAUACCGUUGUCGAGAUAUUUGAGUUUUGUUUUAGGAUUAAAUUAUAAGAUGAUGCAAACCCCCUAUUUGAAUGGGAGAUGGAAUACGUAUGAUUUACUGCAAUUGCAAAUAGCUUUCAGUCGCCUAUUUGAGAUGAUUGAUGGUGCAAUUUCAUACUCCUAUAUUGCGAAAUAAGAGGAUCACGUUUGCCUCUGAAACCUCUCUGUCAUGAUUAAACCAUCACCGUGAAAGAACUUUCUAAGUUUUAUAGGCAAAUUUGUAAGUUGAAGAUACAUUAGUUACUUUUCUACUCUUGUAGUGAUUGUUAUGUCCUGUCUUUACAUCAAAUUACGUGAAGCACUCACAGAUCUUUCACUUUGACCACCUGAACUUAUGUAUAGGUCAUAUCUGAUAUCUGGUAUUGAAUCAGCUGUGUGAUCAAUGAAAAAAAGUAGGUGGCAUUCGUCGAGUCAUUUUCCCCCAUCACCACGUCUCAUGAACCCGAACCCUUCCCACCUAAAUGUAACUAAGGUGUUGAGCUUUCAACGUCGGAAAGGUAGAACUACAUGACUUGCUGGUAAAGAUGAGGAUACUGAUGUUUGAACAAACAUUCAUGAUAUCACCAUCAAUGGACAUAACCGGGAGAAGAACCGAAGUUUCCUUUCUUCUCCGUAACUCUACUCUCCAUAUAUAGAAGAAAACAAGGGUGCAACGGAGCUCCUCUUCUGAUUGCGUUCAGAAAUGGGGCACAACAACCGUGCAACACUGAUCUACGCGAUGGUGGCUCAUGGAACGCCGCCAGUAGUACUGGCGGAGUACACUGCGUUCAGUGGGAACUUCAACUCCAUUGCGUUCCAGUGCCUCCAAAAGCUUCCUUCAUCCAACAAUAAGUUUACAUACAACUGCGAUAAUCACACCUUCAAUUACCUCAUUCACAAUGGCUUUAUAUAUUGUGUGGUUGCAGAAGAAACAGCAGGCAGACAGAUCCCUAUGGCUUUUCUAGAGCAUAUCAAGGAUGAUUUUUCGAAAACAUAUGGUGGAGAAAAUGCUGCAACAGUUCCUGCAAAUAGCCUUGAUAAAGAAUAUGGACGAAAGUUGAUGGAACAUAUGCAGGACUGCAUUGAGCACCCAGAGGAAAUAAGCAACCUAGCCAAGGUUAAGGCUCAGGUUUCUGAAGUGAAAGGUGUCAUGCUGGAAAACAUAGAGAAGGUUCUUGAUCGUGGAGAAAAGAUAGAACUAUUGGUGGAAAAGACUGAGAUAAUGCAUCAGCAGGCCAAGGAUUUCCAUUCUGCAGGAACAAGAUUACACAGGAGAAUGUGGCUACAGAAGUCGAAGAUGAAGCUAGUUGUUUUAGCUAUUGUGAUCGCGUUGAUCCUCAUCAUCGUGCUCUCUGUCUGUGAGGGGUUCGACUGUGGAGAUUGAAUCAUCUUUUCGUGGAAAUGGUAAAAUGCGAGUGUUUUAAGUUAGGAGGUAUUUACGCUUUUCUUUGAUGAAACUAGGACAAAGCCAACAAUAAUGUAUGUGACUUGAGUUUUGUACAUAAAGCUAUUUUGAGUUGGAAUAUAUUGAGUCGAAGGUUAUGUUGAGUGCAUUGUAUUUCGUCUUCGCAUAUAUAUUGUCAUAUUUGUUAAAUGGAAUAAAUUUUUUUGCUCA